CUAAAGGAGGGUUACACAAGCAAUUCUACCUAUAUAUACAUAUUGAUACGUGUACUUAUAUCCUCACAUCUCAGUUUUUUAUCCGCUAAAUUCCUGGAAAACAUGAAGACACCCCUUGUCCUUGAUAUGAAGGAUGUUGUAAUAGUUAAACCCUGCAAGCCCACACCAUCUGAACUUCUUCCUCUGUCCACCAUUGACAGUGAUCCUGUUCUCAACAUUCUGUGUCAGACCAUUUAUGUUUACAAAGCAAAUCUUGAUUCCCCAAAUGGCCAACUUGAUCCUGCUCAGGUGAUAAAAGAAGCUCUCUCAAAGGUUUUGGUUUACUAUUAUCCUCUUGCUGGGAAGAUAGUAACAUUUGAUGAUGGAAAACUUGGAAUCAACUGCAAUGCUGAUGGAGUUCCAUUUUUGGAGGCAACUGCUAACUGUGAACUCUCUUCUCUUCAUUAUCUAGAAGGGAUCGAUGUUCCAACUGCACAGAAAUUGGUCAUUAAUAAUGAUAACCCUUCUGAAGGUGAAAACCACGCCCUGGCUUUCAUGGUGACCAAGUUUCUCUGUGGGGGUUUCACUCUUGGCAUGGGGUUGUCACACAGUGUUUGUGAUGGGUUUGGUGCAUCUCAAUUCUUCAGAGCCUUGGCUGAACUUGCAUGUGGAAAAAGUGAGCCCUCGGUGAAACCUGUGUGGGAGAGGGAGAGACUAAUGGGGACACUUCUUAAGGAACAACUCCAAUUUCCCAUUGAUGAGACUUCAAGGGCAGUUUCACCAUUUUGGCCAACCAAUGAGAUUUCACAUGAAUGCUUUAACUUCAACGCCAAGAGCAUACAAAGACUCAAAAUGGAACUGAUGAAGGAAAGUGUUGAUGUGAAGGAAAGCUUCACAACUGUUGAAACACUUGGUGCCUAUGUUUGGAGGUCAAGGGCUAGAGCUUUGGAAUUGAACUCUGAUGGGAAAACUAUGUUGUGUUUAGCUGUAGGGGUGAGACGUCUGUUGAAUCCACCCUUGCCUGAAGGGUAUUAUGGGAAUGCUUUUGUGGGUUCAUAUGUGGUGCAAACAGUGAAAGAACUUGAUGAAAGACCACUCUCAGAGAUUGUGAAGCUCAUCAAAGAGAACAAAAAGCUUCCUUCCAAUAAUGAGUAUAUCAGAAACACAAUAAACAUGUUAGAGACAAUUAGACAGACAAACGUAAGGGUUGAAGGAACAUGUGCAUCUGUGGUGUUAACAGAUUGGAGACAGCUGAGUUUGUUGGAAGAAGUGAACUUUGGAUGGAAGGCUUCAGUGAAUAUAAUACCAGUUCCGUGGAAUAUGUUAGGGUAUGUGGACUUAUGCCUUUUCUUGCCUCCUAGUAACUUGGAUCCUUCAAUGAAAGCAGGAGUUAGGGUCUUUGUUUCCCUGCCCAAAGCUUCCAUGCCCAAGUUUAGGGAAGAGAUGGAGUCACUGAAGCUUACGAGAGCUGAUGAUAAUAGCAUCUAGCAAUGAGAAACUGGUUCUUUUUAAACUAAUGUUUUUCUUUUUAUCUUCCAAUUCCAAGUCUUAGUUCUUGUAUUAUGCUAAAUUUUAGUAUAUUUUCUCAAGUAAACUGAUCCGUCCAACAUGCAAACUAUUUUAUA